AGGAGGAGGACGGGCCAUGGCACCGCGGCGUCACCUAGGACAAGUUCAAGGUCUUUUGGGCGUCAUCGACUCCCUGGUGGAGGAGUCCACCCCCCUGGUGCAGGGUUACACGCGUUGCUGCGUGCCCACGGGCGAAUGUCUGCGGGUGCAGCAACAGUCGCACAUCAAUCCCAAUAAUAACGACCCGAUGAUUAUUUUGCUGGACGAUCUUCGCGAUACCGUGAGGGUGACAUGCAAUAACGAACUGUGCACGGUCGGUAGAUACAUGCAUCGGGAGUGUUUCGAUCAGUGGGAACAGACGGUGCUCGCCUAUUUGAAAACGUGCGGCAGGGCACGCUCUUGGUCCGAGAGGCAACGUCACCAGAACCUCUGGACCAAGAAGGGUUACGAUCUGGCGUACAAGGCGUGCGGUUGCAAAUGCGGACGGGGGCACCUGAAAAAGGACUUGGACUGGAUGCCUCCGCCGCCGACCAGCAACAUUUUCGGCCGGAUCGAGGAAGUGGAUACCGGGAAAAAGAAAAAGCGUCGCAAUCGUAACGGUAAACCGACGCUGACGGUGUCGGCCACGCAGCCGGCUGUGGCGGAUGGCAGGAAUCGCACCGGUAGCCUUUCCUGCUCAAGUUCAGGGUCGUCUUCGCCGCCGACGUCGGGCAGCGAGCCGAGCGUCUCGCCGGUGCAUCACGGGGCCCACUCCAAAAAGAAGACCAAGAUCGAGCUGCCCGAGAGGAUCCGGGUCGCCGGCGGAGCUAAUGGCAUUUUCACACGUCGCUUGGAUUUCAGCUCAUUCAACGCCUUGCCGAAGAAUAAGUUAAACUCCUACCAGAUUAAGACGGAGGACGAGGGGAAUCAUGGAAACGACGACACCCGCUGCUUCAUUCUGUCCACUCUCGCCUCUCAGGGCCGGUCGAAGGUCCACUGCAUCCUCUGCGAGGAACAACUACUGGUGUUCGACAGGUAUCCACUGGUAGACGGAACCUUCUUCCUCAGUCCACGGCAACACGCCAAAUCCUGCAUCGAGGUGAAAGUCGAAGGUCGCACCCAAUUUUUAACGGUCGUGUGCAUGGGAUGUCUGGAGGGCGUCAACGGCCGGGCAAUCGUUUGCCGAUUUUGCAACCUCAAGUGGGAUGGAUCUUCCUUGGUUUUGGGCACUAUGUACUCUUACGACAUAUUCGCCGCCAUGCCCUGCUGCACCGAAAGGAUCAAAUGCAACUCCUGUUUCAAACCGGUGCUGCAUCCGGCGCAGCGUCUCAACUUCUUCAGCGACUACAGUCACAUGGUACCGUGUCCUCAUUGUCGCACGGUCGACACCCAUUUCGUCAAGCCGUUGGCUUACUGCUAUACCCGCCACGUGUCGCGGCCGUUACAGCUGUGGCCAUAGCAUGCGGCUCCUCGCGCGGUCACCAAAGCGCCCCCGCCCACGCCCCCCACACCCGACCCCAUGGACUUGGAUCUGGGGCUUUUGUGGCGUGAACUAGCCGGGCUUCGCCUGGACGAAUUUUGUCGCUUGCAGCUGACCAGGGCUCGAUAGAGCUCAGCGCGAGGAUGGCGGACGUUUAGUUUUCUUUGUUAUGUUGUUGCAUUUUAGGUAGCAUUUAUUUUCGGGGACGCAUUUUGUCGGGUUCAGUAUUAAAAUACGUUUUUUAUUUUGGAUCGGAUGUUUUUCAGGAACGAGGAAGUUAGGACGCGGCGGGGUCCGCCAUUUUUAAUCCAAACGGCGGUCGCGUUGAGCUGGUGUCAUUUUUGCAUACCGGAAGGGCACGCAAAAUGUUUUGAAGGUUAUAAUUUAUGGAAACACUUUCCCAUUUCAAUUGAUCCGUCAGCAACGAGCAACACUCAGGAUUCCAAGUUAUCACUUUUACAUUAAUAAAGAGGUUAAAUUAUAAGGAAUAAAAAUGGCGGCCCCUGCGACUUUCAACUGCAUCGUCGGGCGUUCUAUCUUCCUUAUUAUUUCUAUGGGUUGGAUCAGGUAUUUCGGCCGGGCGGUCCCCAAAUAUUUGUUUACUAUAAAAUCGUUAUGUUAUUAGUUUAUUACAAUUAUAUGUUUGUUAGUUUUUAGUGAAUUUUUUUAUCUUUAAGCCUAUAUAUAUAUACGGCGAAAUGUGAGGUGACAAUUAUUGUGAUUACGUAGUUAUGUUUUAAGUUUUCCUUUAAACUCGAAAUUUGACGCUGCGAGCGCUGACGGUGUUGCCGAAUUGUUAACAGUCGUGCAUGGAAAUUUUCAUACAAGCAAUCCCGUGUUUUUUUCUUACACCCCCGUUAUAAGUAGAUAGUUUCUAGGGUUAAGAGUUGGGUUUUAAAACGGUGUAAACGAAAGCUUUUACUUAGUAUAUAUGACAUGUAUAUUACGUAAGUAACAGUAAUAAACUAAAUUUUGGUAUUUAACGGAGCACUAGGGCUUGGUGGUUAAAUUGAGCUGAAAUCAAUCCAAUGCUAGUCUUUAAAGAACCGUCAAAUAUCUCAACAACGUCAAUAUUUUGGUUAGAGAGCUUUACGACCUUCCUUUCUUUACGGCGUUACUUACUUUUAUUUUAUUAUUGUUUAUCAGGAGCAAAGUUUAUUGUGUUGUUUUAGUUGUCGUAGUUAAUUUUCGCGCUAGGUCGUGCCGUCAAUACUACGCGAAUAUAUCGUACCUCUCCGGUGCUCUUUUCGCAUUAUUCAAAAAUCGUAAAAGUUGCUGUGUCCCAAUAAUUAAUUAGUGAUAGGUGUGAGUGCGCGCGAUCGACGUGUAUGGGCCCCUUUAACCAGUACGUGCAUGUACCAGUCCCACGAAUUCCCCUUAUCGUUGUAGGUCCCACGCCGAUGGAACUUGGAGUCGGAAUUUCAAUGUGUUAUACCCUCGAUCUAGGUGGGAGUAUCAGUUUGGUAAACUAUGUAAACUCCUGACCAGAAAAUUAAGCUAAAAGUGUUAAAUUUUUUUAAAGUUAGUAGUUAAAGCUAGUACGUCCUUUCAUCAAAAUGUUAGCAAUAACCGAGGCAAUAACUAAAAAAACUAAAAAUAUUUAUCAUACUUUUGAACCAUCAUAUCCCACAAGAUUACUGUAUUAAACUUAAUGCCGGGUCCAGACCAAGCAGACAAAAAGGGAACACGAUUUUGAAGCAAAAUUGCCACGAAAUUUUAAGUAUUUUACAUAAGAGAAAAUUGCAACCAACUAUCCAUACCACAAGGAUAAAUGUGCGAAUCCACCAUGAAGAAAGUAUUAAAAAUGAAUUUUUAUAGCUAGCUAGCCGUCGGUUGUCUCUCUUCUGCAUCCAAUGGUGGAAAAAUACAACGCAAAAGUUUUUGGAUGAGACUAAGUAUAAAAAAGGCGUUAAAGUUCUAUUAAGUAAGGAUAAUUUUAGACUUAAUGGUGAGGAUCAUCGUUCUCUUUCCAAAAACGUUGGCCGAAGAUUUCGAGAAUCUGAAAAGCCUUGUAGGCCCUUUAGUUACAAAAAGGUUGAUAAUUACUUGAAUAUUUCUAUCGACAAGCGAUUCCUGCCGCAGUCUAAUGUAUCUUUUAAAGUUUUAAUUAACAGUGUUAGUGGUUAGCAGUUGACAUCAUCCACUAAGUUUAUAUAUGUGUAGUCUUUAUUUUUAGUGCUUCUCUGGUCUUCUUCUUUUAUCAGCAUAAUUCGUCGACAACUUGUAGAAAUCUUUAUUGACUCGAUCAAACAAAGAAAAUGUUGCAGAAAUGUGUCUUAUUUCUUGUCUGCUUGAUCUGUCGCCUGCAUAAAGCCAUUAUCGAAAUUUUACCAGAUUUAAAAUAUAUGCUGACCAAUAUUAUUUUUUCUUUUUUUGAGAAAGGCAUUCACCAAGAACAAUACACAACAAAUCCAUAAUUCAGAUGUUGUUUAUAGUGUCCAAAAUAAUUCGUUUUGUUUUUUGAAAUUAUUGACCCUUUACACGUGACCAUGUUACAUAUCGUACGCUUCCAUGAAGAUCAAAAGAAUGUUUCUCGUUAUAAUGAUUACUUCUUUCUUUUUUUUAGAGAAAAUUUAGUUUGCUAGUUCGUUACUAAGAUUCUAAGAAGCAAUAAUGAAAUAGUUCAGCCCGUUUUUUUUAGAAUUACUGAAAAUGACAAUAAGUCAUGUUGGACGGGUAAAGCCAGAGGACCAGUAAAUGCUACCAUCGACUCCAUAUUCCCGAUCGGCGUUAAAGUAGGGUCAAUCUUUCUGCCAUAGCGCAAAGCCGCGUCAUCCGAAUUCAAAUUUCGCUCCACUCCUACCGCAAGCCUUUCAGAAACGGACGUACAAAAUCACUCAGCCUCUCAAGACAGAUAACGUACUAUCGUCAUCCAGCAAAAUACCUCAGACGGAAAUGGUGAUUAUCAAUCGCCGCGUUGACAAAAUAAAUAUGGCGAAAGAUGAUUGUGGCGGCUCUAGGAAAUUGCUUCAAGUACAAACCGUUCGUUACUUUUGCAAAUUUUAUAUGAUAUAAAUACAUUUUAAUCAAUCGUUGAGGGUAAAGUAAUUCCUAUUUCUCCCGUUUUUAGUCGAAAAUUUUUUGAGCGUUUUCUAGGUCCGUAUUGGUAAGUUAUAGUUAACUAUUGUUUAGAAAAAGUCGCCCAUAUGUGACAGCUUGCAGCCGUUUCGUUUUCGUAUACCGACUUACCUGUGCCGGAUCUGACACCCGUUGAGUUUCUGUCCGAAUGACCGACAAUGAUGUUGCGUGCGCGUGCGAGCUUUUAAAUAUUAUACGACGUGUUAGCGUAAGUAGUUCUUAGAGUAGUGCAUGUUCCACACACCCGCGCACCCGCUUAGCCUGCUUUCCAAGUUCACCACACGAACGCCAAAGUGUCGGUUCCGUGCGACCAAAGAGAAACCGUCGAUUUAGGUGAGCACUAACUUUUAAACUGCACCACUGAACUAGCUGCAACAAAGUUAUCGCGGCCUACUUAGAGUUUCGGUCUAAUGCCGAGCCGAAGUUGUACAUAUAAAGCCAUCAUCAUCAUUGCAAAAACGUUUUUGUCGACUCUAAUACAAUAAUCAGUGUCGAUUAGGUUUAAGCCUAGCUCGUAGUCGUUUUUUACGUACAUUUAAAUUUACGAAUUAUUGAAAUUAUACUAUAAUAUAUAGGUGUAUUCGUUAAAGUGGCGUGGGCACCCCAGCUGGUGCGAGGACCAAAAUGGCGACUGCCCAGAAAAUGAUAAAUAUGUUGAAGCCCCUGCAACUGUGACCGGCCUUCAGCUCACUACAUUCGAAUAAUUCAAUCCUUCCUUAUAUCUCUAAAAGCCUCUGUAUCAACAUAAACUGUCAUUCUCAUCGAGGCCGUUGUUGAUUUGUUGCUAGGUUGAAGAAGACUUAGUUUUACAUGUUUGCACGUCCAAGAAAUACGAAGUCACUGAAAGCUCGAAAACUUUUUAGAGCUCUCUGUCAUUUUCGAUAAUAACGUCAUAAACUGACAUUUCGCCGGUAGAUGGAGCUGGAGGCGGCGCAUAAAAGUGCAGCGGAUGUAAUGAUGAGAAAUUGGGGGCGACCAGUCGGAACAUGAAGGCUUGCACUGCAAAAAUCGGAAAACGAAACAUGUCUCCCGCUGAGCUGUGCUCUUUCACUUUGAUAAGGCUGUCAUUGCACAAUAUUACACGAAAUGGCGUAAUCAGGGUAAGGGUCGUACUAUAGAGCACCACUUGUGUAUCUUAGUGUAGCUUGGCUGCAUGUAGGUCAUUAUUAGAUGUGUGUCGAACGUUGCUUGUGUGUCGUUAGUCGUUUUGAUCGUAUUCGUUCUGCCAACCACGAAGCGUUUGGCUAUAAAUUUUAAGCUUUUCGGUCGCGUUACCCUCUUAAACGUACCAUUCGAGGACGAGCGAGCGGCACCCGCCCGAUCAAACUGCCUCUAACAACUAGAAGGGAAUAAACUGUGAUAUUGAAGUUCUAAAGAACUCGAAACUGCAAACAGGACUGCUUUUUUCAGAAUUCUCACACCGACUGUCUAUCGUUUCCUUACGCCGCGAUUUUCAAAUUUGCCUUUACGAUUUCAGGGAAUAUUUACACAACAACGGUGGGCGGGAGCAGGCCCCACUUCGGCGGUACUUUUAAGACGAGACCCUAAAAUGAGUAACUUCACUUGUAGACUCGUAGGCGUUAGGAAUUAUCUUAGGUUCGUAAGAUUGGCAAAACCAUUUGACGGUGAAAUUUCAAAUUUUGUGAUAUAUAUUUUUAUACUUACUAGCUGUAGAGUUUAGGUAGGGACCGCACAAUCUGUUUCGACUACAUCUCCCGGCUCAAGAAAAGUGUACUGUGACGAUGAAAAAAAAAAAAAAGAAAUUCGACUGCUACGCGAAGAAUUAUACAGAGUGAUAAACUUUUUGAUAUAAAAAAAAUGUUCAAAAAAAUCAUUAAAAAAAAAACGAGCGUCGUUCAUUGGCGAUAAUUAGAUUUUUUAUACUGUAAAUUGUAUACCAUUUUUUAAUAUUGACGUAGAGGUAAACUUUGUAGUGAGUAAGGCGCUUGGCAAGGUCAAAUGUUUGACCAUGAAAAUUUCGUGGUUGGUGGAGAUCGGUAGUUGCGUGUGCUGUGUGACGUGCAGAACAAUGCUCGCUUGACUAUAGUUAUUCUCGAUGCAAUAGACAAGGAAACCGUCCCGAAAAAUCUAUCAUCAGUGAGUUCCUCGAUUCAGUCUACAAGCAAACCUCGUUAUUUUUACUAUCGUGUCGUUAUAUAGGGCGGAAGUUUUUCUCAGGGAUUUUUAUAAGGCAAUUAGGUAAUUAAAAUUUAAAGAAUGAAAAAACAAAAUAGAUCAAUUCGUUAGAGGAAUAACUUCAUUCGGUCAAUUCAUUGAUGGUAGAGGCCGAAGCCUUUGGCUUUGAGUAUACGGGGUUCCCCAGACUCCUGUUAGAUAUGGGAGAGAAUGGAUAAAAAAUUGCAACAUUGUGAGUUCUACUCGAAUCAGACUUUGACAUCAUUUUUUAAAAUGAAAUCCAAAACAUGUCAUCAAAAUUCUUGAUCUAAAUGUAAUAUAAUGUACUAUACAUACUUUGAACCCUUUUGAAGUUAAAGCAAUAUACUAGAAUAAUGCAAUUUAUUAGUAGUACGAUAUAUUUUGACAGAUUUAAUUAUGUAGUAUUUAUUAUUAAUUUUAUGUUUAACGGAAUGGAGGUUUCAGUAACCUAAAAGUAUGAGUUUUUUUAUACUGCGUCAAUUAAAAUCAUUUUUUCUGAGAAGUUUUGAGUCUGAUAUUUUAUCAAAAUCUGAUAAAUUAUCGGGUUGCAGAAAUUGCGGUGUAAUUGCUAUGAUGGAUAAAGCUUGUUUCAAAAUAUUCUAGAAAUAAUUUUUAUAUAAUAAUAUACACUUAAUCUUUAAAAAAUGCUGAUGAUGUCUCUUUCGACUAUUUUAAUAUUCGCAACCCUAUCUUUUUCCAUCCUUCAUACACUUCCAAUAGGGAUCGAUUUAGGGGAACCCCGUAGAACAAUCUCUCGAUAUCCGUAACAACACGCACAUUGUUGAGAAGACUGCGAAGAUCAACUAAAUUACCUCCCGCAUCGUUGCCAAAUUUCCAAAUGUUGUUCUGUUGGUCACGGUUUUUGAUUUUCUCGUCGGAGUUUUCUUGGAGUUUUUCUCGGAAGCUCUCCGACCGGCGUUCCAGGGUCGGAGAGCUCUCGAGCUCGCACUCAUUAUACCAUGAUAACUACUUAUAUUCGGUGUCGUAGUUGUGUGAUUUCCGCGAUUUCGGCGGCCAUUUUUAACACUAUAUAACGGUAGUUUUUUUGUAUAGCCGCUAGGAUACGCUCCCUCUCUGUUUUCAAUUAAACAUAAUAUUUACUAUUUACACGGUGGCUUAGGGAAUUUCACCUAUUUUCGAAGUUUUUCCGGGUCGUCUGUACGUUUUAUUAUUAAUGGAAAGUGUUAAAGUAAUGAGAAGGUAUUUUAUGUAUGUUUAUAGCGUACUGUAGUAGGGGACGGGCGGGACGGCAAAGGGUUCGCGCUCCCCACUCUGCAUUGCCGCCCCUUGGCUUUAGAUAGAGGCGGCACUACUUUAGCAGAGCCGGGAACCGGCCAAUUGUUAUAUCAUGAUGCUGUUUCUGCUGUUUUACGCUCAGGAUAAUGGCUAAGCUCGCUGUGGUAUAUUCCGGAGGCGUUCCCGCAAGCGCGACACUGACUUUCGGAGGUGAAAAAAAAGUUUUAGUUUCAAUCAAAUUGCAUGUGUUUAAUUUAUUUAUCAAAACUAUUGCGAUGUCUUUCGAAAAUACUUUAUUACUAAUUUUUGCAGUUGACGACCGAGAUAUGUACAAAAUCUUAAAAGAAAUGAAAAUUUAUAUUGUUUUAAGGCAGGCAACAAAAUAUUAUCAUUUAUUAUUUAACUGUCAAAAGUACAAUUCACAUUUAUUAUUUUUUAAUUAAUUAGAAAAAAUUGAUUAUUAAUAAAAACAUUACAUUUCUUAGUGAGAGAAUACUUGAGAACAUAUAAGUAAUGCUAUCGAAUUGUUAAUUGACUAACGAGUAACUUCAAAUAUAAGACAACUAAGGAAGUUAUUUUAAUAAACAAUCAUUAAUUUGUAUAAUUUUCUUACGUUGCAUUUUGCCUCCGAUUUUUAUUUAGUUGCAAACUUGGCAACGCUGCUUUUAAAACAAACCGAUUCUCCAAGCAGCUUAGAAGUUUUUUACUAGUUUAUUAGUAGUUUUUGAUAUUUCAUUUUACCCGUAUCUCGGCCAUAAUGUCUUUGUCUUUCUGAGACCCGAAAAAGCAUACAAAGUUGUUGAUUUUCUGAAAAACGAACAAACUUUAUAUUAUUUUUUUAAUCUUGUUGUCUCGUUUUGCUAAUAGCAGUUGGAAAUUUUUAAAAAGCAUACAUCUUCUGAUUAAAAAAAAAAGUUAUAUUAUUUCUUUUUUGAUUUCUAAAUUUUUUAGCAUCUAUGGAAAAUUUCAUAUACAAUAGAGUAGAAAAACACCAAGUUGAUACAUAGCUGAAUUACACUGACGGGCUAAAUUGAAACUUCGGCCCUCCUCAAGCCCCUUAAAUAUACCACGCGGAGCCUUGCGCGCGUUACAAAUCAAACUGGUGAUUUUUGAAUGAGUACAAAAUGUUGCCGUUCCGACCCCGACCAAAAUUUAUUGUCAUUAUUAAUUGAUUAUUAUUAUAAAUGUAUUUUUCAGAGUUUACCCAAGAGCAAUAUCAGCAGAGAUUAUAUUGUUUUCUCUUUUUGAUUGUAUUACCGCAACUAUCGCGUCGCAUUCGAAACGGGCGCCCCGCCCCGGUGGCUGUUUGCGGCUAUAAAUUUUUAGGUUAACAAAAAAAAAUGUCGCCCGUGAACCGCGGCGUCCGUUUUGAAUCGGAGCUUCAAACAUAAACACCGAGGUUUUCGUUUCCCCCACCGAUUCGUUUUCCGAAAACAAAAGACAACACAAAUUGUUGUGCGCUUGUCGAACUACCAAAAGAUUGUUCUUGGUUCCCUUCUUGAUUGUUAUUAAUCUUGGUCUUGUUCAGGUUUCUGUUCGCGAGGAAUCGUGCAUUUGCCGGCCGUUCCCCUUUUUAAAGCAAUACGUGCCAUAACUUGAUGAUAUAUAUACCAAAAAAAUAAUCUCGAACGGCUAUCGCAACGCACGAUUUCCUAAUGACCUAAAAGGACGAGUAUUUAUUGCAACUACUAGAGUACCUAUGAUUAAGCUGGUGGAGAAAGUUUUUAUAUCGUCAGAAUCCUUCAAUGUACUGUAUAGUAUCUAUAUUAUAUAUUUUAGGAUAAUAUUGUAAUAUUAAUCAGUUGUAAGGUAGAAGUAACGAUGCCCAACCGUCGCUUUUAGUUAAUUUGUUAGUCGAUAGGUGGCAAUAGUUAAACAACCCCAUAAUUAUUUUGCGCAUAAUUUCAAGGUCUCGAUCAAGGCACAUUAUUAAUGAAAAAAAAAAUCGUUUGCAGUGAUAAUGUUUGGUUUAGUUCCUAGAACGUGAAUAGAUAAAAACUUGUCCGGUUGAGCGUCGUCACUUCCGUUUAGAAUAUGUGGAAAUGUUUUUUAUAAGCGUGAAAAAUAUCAGUAUAUUAUAAUGACACUAAAUGAUCGAGCUUUUGACAGCUUUUAUAAUUAUUGUAAUACAAUGGGGUUACAAAUUUUUAAGGCGUAAUAAAUAUAACCAUUG